AUGCACGAGUCUAGACUGUCUGCUGGUCCCAUGGAGGCGGAGCGAAACAUGAUACCCAUGGCACCAUCAUCACAAAGCAGUAUCCAGCUCAUGACAAUCAAGAGUCAGCAUGGGCACAACGUCCAAAUUCCAGUUGAUGUACAGGCUGCCUCCAAGGUUGCCGAUGAGAAGAGAAGGCGCAACGCGGGUGCGUCCGCUAGAUUCCGUGCUAGGAGGAAAGAAAAGGAACGCGAAGCUUCCAUGAGUAUCUCCAGACUUGAGCAGCAGCUACGGAACGCCUUGGAAGACGCCGAGUUCUACCACAGUGAGCGAGAUUACUUUAAGGCCAUUGUCUUCUCGCAGUCUCGUCCCGAGACGCUUUCUGUAACAAGACCGCAGUCCCCUCGCCUUAGGCGACCAUCGAUCCCGCCUUCAAAUGCAACUUCUUCCAUCAGAGGCGGCUCCGAGGACUCCUUCGCUGAUUACGAGGAGGAGAUUCGUGAGGAAGAACGCAACGUGAGGAGGCGCACUAGCAAUUAUCACCCGGCAUCUGGCCCUCCACCGAAUGAUAUCAGCGCACCUGACGCGAGGUCUCAGAACUAUCCUCCAGGCUACCCUCCGGGAAAUCAGUUGUCUCAAGGUGUGUCUCCAGUGCAUCAGUAUCCUGCUAGGGAGCAAAUGCAUCCUGGGCAACCCGUCUACCGUGACCAGUAUGGUCAAGACAAGGGUCGCUAUGAGAAUAGCAACUGGACACCACCUCAAGGCCAGCCUCGCGAGACGUAG